CUUUUUCUGGCCCUCGGAGUCGGGGGCGCGGGUCGCUCCCUGAGCGGAACUAAGCUGACCAACCAGGCGGAGGCUGCAGCGACCUCUUUCCCGCAAUCCCCGCGGCAGCGGCGGUACCGGCGGAGGGGGAGGGAGAAGAGGAAGAGACAGAGAGAGAGGGACGGAGAGAGGGAAAGAGGGAGAGAAGGAGGGGCCCUGCCCGCCAGCCAAUGCGCCGGGCGCUGCUGCCCGUCGAGCCACGUGUGCCCGCCGCCCCGGGUGGGUAUGAAUGGGAAGUCGGGGCCGCGCCUAGGGACUGGCCACCAUUUCCCCCGACGCAGAGGCAGAGAGAAGGGGGAGCAGCUCCGAGUCCCUCAUCCCUCCCUCAGUCCCUCCGGAGAAUUGUUCUCCCAAUCCUCCACCGUCCUACUCUCACCCCUUCGCCUUUCCUCGCCUUUCGCCAGCCCCGGCCCCCUCUGUCCAGUUGCGCCCCGCCGGCUGGAAGCAGGCGCCUCCCUCGGUGGCGAGUCCGGGGAGCUGCGGGGCCAGCGGCAGCGGGCUGGUUAGCUGCUUGCCCUCCAUCCCACCUGCCCGGAGCUGGCCCGGGCACUGCGUGGUGCUGCUCCCGCUGCCAACUUCGCGCCCGACCGGGGCCCCAAGCCGGCGAGGAGGUUCGGAUUCUCCUGCAGCUUUCUCUCCCACUUUGAAGAUCCGCUCUCUGGGGAGAAGGGGUCUUCUUUUAGCCCCUACUCCGAGCCCCUAGCAGCUGGGGCGCCGGCUCCGCGCCCCUAGGGAGGGGACAGAGAGGACUCAAAGCAGAGCCAGCCAGAGAAGCCGACUCUGGACUACCCAGGGCACUGCUUCAUUUCCCAAUGAACCAUCUUCCCUAGACCCUCUCUUUUUCCCAGGGGAAAUCUAGUCCCUACCAUCCCACCCCCUGCCUGGGGCUUCAGAGAACGGCCCUAUCCCAGCCCCCAGCCGCGGAGCUGGAAGGGUCCUGGGGGGCGGGAUAUACGGAAAGGACAAAGAGGUGGCAAGCUUUUUUUUAGGGGGAGCGAUACCCAGCCUGAACCUGCAGGACCCAGGGAAGCCGUCGAAAUCUCCAAUUUCUCCAAACGCUCCUUGCUUGAACCUCCCUCCCACCCCCAUCCCCAUUCCGUGCCCCCUCAUUUCCUUUAAGCCAGUCUACUUGCGAACUCCCAGGGAGAGCCAGGUGCCGGCCAGAGCGAAGAUGAACCCAGGCUCCGAGCAGGGAGCCCCGGCCGCUCUGGGGGUGGUCACCGCCACCUGCGUCUCCAAGGUGGAGCUCCGACUCAGCUGCCGGCAUCUGCUGGACCGCGACCCGCUCAACAAGUCAGACCCCAGCGUGGUGUUGCUAAUGCAGUCCCAGGGCCAGUGGGUGGAGGUGGACAGGACGGAGGUUAUCAAGAGCAGCCUGCAUCCAGUGUUCUCCAAGGUCUUCACCCUGGACUACUACUUUGAGGAAGUGCAGAAGCUUCGCUUUGAGGCCUAUGACAUUCAUGGACAUUGCAGCAUUGGUUCCCAGGACGAUGACUUCCUGGGAGGCAUGGAGUGCACUCUGGGGCAGAUUGUGGCCCAAAAGAAGAUGACCAGAGCCCUGCUCCUUAAAAAUGGCAAGCAUGCUGGCAAAUCCACUAUUACGGUGAUAGCAGAGGAAAUCUCUGGGAAUAAUGGUUAUGUGGAACUCUCCUUCCGGGCCAAGAAACUUGAUGACAAGGAUCUCUUUAGUAAAUCAGAUCCUUUCCUGGAGAUCUACCGGAUCAAUGAUGAUCAGAGUGAGCAGCUGGUAUACAGGACCGAGGUUGUGAAGAAUAACCUGAAUCCUGUGUGGGAGACAUUCAAAGUUUCUCUGAACUCACUUUGUAGCUGUGAAGAGAAGAGGCCUCUUAAGUGUCUGGUUUGGGACUACGAUUCCAGAGGGAAACAUGACUUCAUUGGCGAAUUCUCCACUACUUUUGAAGAAAUGCAGAAGGCGCUUGAAGAGGAUAAGGUUCAAUGGGACUGUGUGAACCCCAAGUACAAAGCGAAGAAACGGAACUAUAAGAACUCAGGGGUGGUCAUCCUGUCAGAUUUGAAGAUUCACAGGGUCUACUCCUUCCUGGAUUACAUUAUGGGUGGAUGCCAGAUUCACUUCACUGUGGCCAUUGACUUCACAGCUUCCAAUGGAGACCCCCGCAACAGUUGCUCUCUGCAUUAUAUCAACCCCUAUCAGCCCAAUGAGUACCUGAAGGCACUCAUUGCAGUAGGAGAAAUCUGCCAGGACUAUGACAGUGACAAGAAAUUUUCCGCUUUGGGAUUUGGUGCCCGGAUUCCUCCCAAGUAUGAGGUCUCCCAUGACUUUGCCAUUAAUUUCAACCCAGAUGAUGAUGAGUGUGAAGGGAUCCAGGGAGUGGUGGAAUCGUACCAGAAUUGCCUACCCAAGAUCCAACUCUAUGGCCCUACCAAUGUGGCGCCCAUCAUUGCCAAGGUGGCCAGGAUGGCGGCAGCUGAGGAGAGAACUGGGGAGGCCUCUCAAUACUAUAUUCUCCUGAUCCUGACCGAUGGUGUGGUGACUGACAUGGCGGACACAAGGGAGGCCAUCGUCCGCGCCUCUUACCUGCCCAUGUCCAUCAUCAUAGUAGGUGUGGGCAAUGCUGACUUCACAGACAUGCAGAUUCUGGAUGGGGAUGACGGGGUCCUGCGUUCCCCCAAGGGAGAGCCCGUCCUCCGGGACAUCGUACAGUUUGUCCCCUUCCGAGAAUUCAAGAAUGCUUCUGCGACAGCUCUGGCCAAGUGCGUCCUAGCUGAAGUGCCCAAGCAGGUGGUUGAAUACUACAGCCACAAAGAGCUGCCUCCUCGUUGCCCUAAUAUGGACUCUCCGGAUGCCAGCCCUGGUCCGCCACAGUGAAGCGGUACCAUCAGCCUCCAGCCAGUCACUACCCUUCAUAUUUCUUUCCAAUGCUGAGUCUGGAGAUAGGAAGGGAGACAAAAUGGGUCAGGGAGGUGGGAGAGGGGGAAGGUACUUGUUUCCUCUGCCUCUGUUUCAGACACCUCCCAGGGCCUCUCAGAUCGCCCACCCCUUCCCCCCGUGUUCACAUCAGACUCCCCCCUUUCUCUUGGUCUCCCCCUACAUCUUGUGUUUCCAUGGUGACUUAUUCCAGAGAGGUCUGGACCGGGGACCAUGGCCUGUGUGUAAUGAAAGGAUAACAAGGAAGGGAAAAUCCUGGCUUCUUCCGAUCUAGUCCCAGUGAGAGUCAAUGUCCAAGCAAUAAAAGCUUGGAGUCCCCGUCUCCUCAGUUCCAGAAAGGCACAGAGUGUGGGAGUGGAUAGCAAGUGGGGAAGAAAGGGGGUUUGGAGCCCCAAAGAGCAGACAGAGUGCGCCUCUCUUCCCUUUUCUACCUCCUAGCCCCAAGUUCCUAUUUUGAACCCCUUCCCUUUGUGGUAAUGGUGAGAGAGUGGAUAUCAAGUUCUAGUGUGAUACUUCUUCCUCACAGUUUCCAGAGAGGUCAGACCGACCUGGUUGGUCUUCCUAGGCUUAGCUCACCUGACUUGUUCUUCCCAUCCUUCAUCAGUGGGUCCGGGAAUGGAGGAGGCUUGGGAGAAAAAUUAAUUUGUGGAUCUGGGGGAUGAUUCUAGCCUGAAGGAGUUAGGUAAAGCAAUGACCUUACACUCUGUUUUCUGCUGCCCAGAAAAGACAGUUACCUUCCUGCUCCCAUCCCCAAAUAAAUUUCCUCAAAGGGUGGGCAUAAGGAAAGACUUUGGGAUUUAUCUUCCUUCCAUUCCAAGAAGACAGGUCUCUCAGAUGCCCAAGUGGCUUCUCUAUUUCUGUGUCUGUCUGUCUUUCUCUGUUUCUUUCUCUCUGUGUCUUUGUCUGCCUCUCUCUUACUCUCCCUAUCUCUGUCUCUCUUGUCUCUCUGUCUAUUUCUGUCUCUCUCUCUUUUUGUUUCUGUCUCUUUCUGUCUUUUUCUGUUUCUGUCUGUCUCUCAGUUUUUCUCUGUCUAUCUCUUUGUCUUCCUAUCUCUGUCUCUGUUAGUUCUGUCUCUGUCUUUCUCUAUCUCUGUCUGACUUUGUCUCUGUCUCCCUUCUUUUCUCUGUCUUUGUUUCUCUCUCAAAUCUGUAAUUGGCAAUUUUUUUGCACCUGGGACAAGUGGCAUAGGGUUAUGGCCAUGGGGAAGAGGAAGAACUCCCUGGGAUGUCACAAGGUUUCCAUAUUGUCAAAAGAAGAAGAGGCAUCCCCUUGGAGGAGGAUUGCUUCACUCAGGUGAAGAUCUCCUCCAGCUCUCCCUUCACCCCUUCCUCCACUUUGCAAAGCCCCUGACUGCUAGGGUUGAGAAAGAUAGACAGGAACUAUUCUGGGCUAGUGCUGGUAGCAAUGGGAAGGGAGUUGACCCUAUAAAGGUGCAGUUAGCACCAUUUAAAUUUCCUACCCUAGGAGCAAAGCCUAAUGGCCUCCCUUCUUAAUUAUGGCUCUCAUCUCUGCUCUUUCUCUUUUCCUUGAUCUUUCUGCCGCUGGAUUGUUUCUCCAGCUAUGACUACUUUCAAUCCCAAGGGUCUUAAAGUGAAAAUGGUCACAUGGAGGCAAAUUGCCCCAGGGCCUACCUUCACUCCCUCCCUAUUUUCUCUACUGGCUUCUACACAGUAAAGUCUCCUCCCCAUCUAGGUAUCUGCUGCUCUCUAAGACCCUUGUCACUACUGAUGGAUCCAAGGACCAGUUACAGGUGAAGGAGAGGGGUGGAAUGUGAUGGGACAGAGCUAUUGCCUCAAUUGGAGAUGUAGCCCUAUCUCCCUGCCCACCCCCUCCAGCUCCCCAAACCCUCUCGAGCUGUCAGGCCAAUGGAUAGGAAGUGAGGCUCAAUAAUCCCUCUCUCAGAAACAUGCAUGAUGAAAAAACUCCCAGAAACUGGGAAAUCCCCCCAGGCUUGUUGUCUGUUGACUUUUCAAUCUAGUAAAUCUUCAUGUUCUUACAGUUCCCCUCUGCCUCCUCCAUGUGGUGUCUGCUUAUGUCUGUUCUCAGCGGUGUCCUCUCCAGGGCUGUAGGAGGCAGAAACGGGGAGGGCGCGGAGGGAGAGAGUAACCCAAUAAAUGGUUUUUUCCCCUGCUA